AUGCUGUUGAUUUUUCUAUUAUCUUUCAUCAGUUCUGUACUCUGCGAAGGAAUUUAUGAGCUGCGAAUUUACGAUGGAGCCGAACGUGGGACACGGCUCACUAUGGGAGUCGAACUACAACGUCGGUUUGAGACGAUGAAAAACUGCUUUGGACAAAUGGAAACCGAUAUCGAGUGGAUUGAGUAUCAAUCCUCUCGCAACGCAUUCUACACUUCCGCUGAUCUUCCAUCGACUCGACCCACUGGUGACCUUACCGGGACCCUCCAUCUUCUCUGUACGGGUAAUCGAAUGCAUUCGUUGAACUUUCGGGUUCAUGUCACUCAUCGAAAUCAUCAUCCGCCGACAUUCACUAAGCCUGAAUACCGGUUUUAUGCCCCGGUUACAUUACCCAUCGGAGCUCAAGUUGGGAAAAUGGAGGUUCACGACAAUGAUCCAGUGAUCUACAACUCUGAACGAAGUCUUACUUUUACCGAAGACCAACCAUUACUUACCGUACAUUCUGAUGGCACCCUCAUUCUCAAAGAAGAUCUUGCGUCCCAAGUAGCAUUCAAACCCAUAAAAAUGCAGGUUCUGGCGAUUGACUACGGUAGCCCACAACUGUUCACCAUUGCUAAUCUGACUGUUGUUCCGGUUACCGUAUCGCAAGUGCAAAAUCUUCGAGUAAACGUCGCGACAGAAGAUUAUCAAAUUUUCGAAUGGUAUGCACCAUCGUAUGGACAUCCAGAAAAAUAUCGCCUCACUAUUGCUAGGGGAGAAAGUAUGCACUACGAAGAAGAGCUAGAUGGUCACCGAACCGUUGCACUUACCAAGGUCGCCAUUUCUCCCUCAGGAAACUUCACGUUCAAAGUUUCUGCUGUAGAUGCAAAUGGUGAAACACCCAGUGAUUGGCAACGAUUUACCGUAUUUCAAAAUGAUAUCACUUGUGAAGGAGAAUGUUCUUCUGGUGGUGUGCCACUCUGCUACUAUGGAGCAUUUAAUCGUUUGGAGCAGUUUACUGACGCAAGAGGUGCACAUUGUCAGUGCUUUCAUGGCUAUGUUGGUGUUGGAUGCGAUAAAACAGAUAACUGCCAAGCCGAAAAAACUGUGGACUCGUACGGAGGUUUGGAUUGGAGAGAAGCGCCAGCCAAUGCGACAAUACAAGUUCCAUGUCCCUACAACACUGAAAGCGAUAAACAGAAAGUUGAGAGAUCUUGUGAAUGGAACAAGAGUCUUGGGCGUGCUGUUUGGGGACGACAAAAAGAAGUGGAGAAGUGCAAAUCACAGGCUUCCGUGUUGACUCACCUUGGCAUGCUGGGUACAUUCGCAUUGAACGCUAAUGGUGUUUCUACUGUCCAUACAGUAGCGAGGUUCAUUCGUGAUCUGCUUACUGUACCAGCCUUUUCUUCGGAUCCGACGGCUACGGCCCAUUUUGAUCAAAAAAUUGCUGAACAAGCUGCUCUUGUCAUCGAUUCUGUAUCGAGAAUCGACUUUGACUUACUUCAGGGCAACAUUACAGUGGCUAAGGCCGAGAUGUUUUCGAUCGUGUCCGAGUUUGCCUCUCGACUUCCAUCGCCUUUUACUCUAGUAUCGCCUGAACUAGGGGUCCAUUUGAAGGCUAUGCAAUGGAUAAAGGAUGCUGAAAAUUUUGAGACUGUUGUAGGGACAAAGUGCAGGGUUAAGCUUCCAACAGCCGAGAAAGAUCAUACUGUUAGGAGUAUUUGCAUGGCUAACGCUUCCCUAUUCGACAUCGUUGAUUCACAAAACCCGAUUCUUUCUCUAAAGCUGGACACAUCGGAUCAUGUCUACUUCUCAAAAAUGAUAAUCAUGCUCAAACCAAAGGAUUAUCUACAUAAUUAUACUUGCGUAUAUUACGACAGUGCAGAGGGAGGUUGGUCCACUAGAGGAAUUAGAAGAAUAGAUCCGAAUUAUCACGGAUUUGUACGAUGUGAAACAAAUCACAUGGGAGUGUUUUCCCUACUGCCGGACGCCUACUUCCUCUCUGAUGAAGAUGCAAUGCGAGAUUUAAGCGUACUGUUACCGACAGUAACCACCUUUAUCUCCAUGAUCUGCUCGAUAUUUUUACUAUUUAUGGCUGCUGUACAAAAGAACCAUACAGUGGACUUCGCUCUUUUGGUCUACCUCUUUUUCGUCUUUAUGAUACAUGUUGUACAUCUUGUCAUGUUGAUUGCACCUCAGGUUGGCGACCCAUUCGCCCUUUCUCCAGCUCUUCAUCUUAUUCUGCAAUUUUCCGUCAUAUCUGUGACAGCUACCCUCUACCUGGUCCUUCACUCGAUCCGAGCCGUUCUUAUAGCUCACGAGCGAGUCAAAGAAGAAGAGGAACAAUGCUGCUCACGUCCUUGCUCUGUGAUUGGACUAGGAAUCUUUCUUCCUGCUGUGUUGACUUUUACUACCUACAUUUUCUCCAACGAUUUUGACAGCAACUUGUCAAGGGUCUUCGAUCGAAUUGAUUGGCUCUUUAUCGCCAACUACUUAUCGCCAGCUGUGCUCUUUUGCGCUUUAACAGUGUCUUACGCCGUUUGGAACGUCUACUUAGGUGGAAUGUGGAAAACCCGUCACCGUGGCUCAUCUGAACGAUUUUUGUCGCUUGGCCCAGCUGUGCAAGCUUCCCUAGUGUCGGUUGUCAUGCUCGCCUUCCUGGUGUCUUUCAUCGUAUUGUUCCUCUUUCGAGAAACAUCUUCAGCGCUGGCUAUACUGUUUUCUUUAGCGCAAAUAAUAUACUCUUGCUGCGCCUUUCUUUUUGCUGGAUAUCUGUUCAGGAUGCGCUAUCUUUUCGAACGAGAAGGCGAUGGUUCUACACAAUCUCUGGAACGUAAACGAGACAUUUCUCGAGCUCUUCUGGACCAUGUCGACGUUGCCAAAACCAGUGAAAAUGGCUCUGUAAAAUCUGCCGAUUCUGGCACUUACCUCCGAAUGCCACAGAAUCUCUACGAUCAUGCGCCGAUGGUUAGUAUUGUAUAA